AUGUCGUCUAGCGCUUCAUCCUCUACCCUCACUUUCUUUCGGGUAGCGAAAGAUGCGGUCUGGGAGAGUAGGCCUGACAACCCGCCCCUUAACCGGAUCCCCAUCGAGAAAGGAGAACAGUUUGCGGGACACUGUCAUAACGUAACGGAAUCGUGGAGUCUUUGGGGCGAGAAGGACCAACGUUUCCUGACAGUAGAGGAAGCUGGAGGGGCCUUUCUCGAAGAAGCAGAUGGUGGUGUCGGUAUUGCAGGUGUAGUUAAGGGUGGUGGGGAUACCGCGACAGAAGGCGGACAAGGAGGAGACGAUGAUGGUUCGAAUGAUGCAGCACUAGCCGCAGAACAGGCACAAGGUGGAGGGGUGAAACUCGCAGGAACAAGUGGGUGUAGCAAUAGCAGCAGCUCUAGCUCUGCACAUGUCCGCCUUGUCUUUGUUUCGGACACCCAUGGCCGAGAGGAGAAAAUGCCGAACUCAGUUCCUCCAGGUGACGUGUUGAUCCACGCAGGCGACAUUUCCGACAUGGGCAAGCCAGGACAACUUCGCAAUUUCGUGGCGUGGUUUGCGGCUCAUCCACAUCCUCAUAAAAUAUGCAUCGCUGGAAACCAUGAUCUUACCCUACACGCACCGUAUUUCAACGACAAGGGACGUUAUAGGUUUUGGCGUGUUUCGGAGUCAGAUGAAAACCCGCCUGACGGUUACGCAUACGAAAAGGAAUUCCGAGAACUAUGUGCCGCAGCUGGCAUUCGCUACCUUUGUGACGACGCUGUAGACAUUGACUUUAGUUCUACAACUCUGGUACUCGCGAACGGUGUUGAGAAGGCGCCGGACAAGAACGACAAAUCAUCUAUGAGUAUGAAGAAAUUCAAACCCCUUCGUUUCUUCGGGUCUCCGUGGCAACCUGAGUUUUUUGGAUGGGCCUUCAAUUUGCCCCGAACACACGACGACGGCUGUGGAGCCAAGUGCGACGAAAUUCCAGAAGAUACCGAUAUUUUUUAAGGCUGGAACUCAGUGGCAUAAGCUAGUAAACCGCAUGUUGUUCUUGUGAUAUCCAUAUCUCCCAUAUUCAACUUGCUUGAAUGAACAACAUUUUUCUACUUAGACGAAUGCAGUUCUACUUCUUACAAGAAGUUGCAUCUCCUGGUCAUCAUGGCUAAUUUCUUCUAAGGACUAGUACUAGAACUAGCUAGUAUUUACACCUAGCAGUAGAACUAAUAUGACAUUGUUUGAAUGUUUGAUUUCUACAUCUAUUUCUAAGAUUCAAUCACACAUGGUCCUCCGCUAGGACGCGGCGAUAGCGUCGCGAAUGGAACUAUGCGAGCAGGAUGUUUGCACCUAUUGAAGCGCGUGCAAGAAAAAGUUAAGCCUCGAAUCCACGCCUUCGGACACAUCCACGAAGGAUAUGGCUUGAGCCAUGAUGGAAUGACCCUCUUCGUUAAUGCAGCUACCUGCACGCUGCAAUACAGACCUGAAAAUCCUCCGCUAGUAGUGGACUUGAAACUUGAGGAAAUGACUUCAACACGAAGAUAAGCUGAAUGUUGAUGACUACCUCUCGAGUCUUUUUCAAUGAUGCGCUUGUUCAAUAUAACAGAAGCAUGAAUCAUCGAAAAUGAAGUGCUACUGUUGUUGUUCCUCUACAGCCCCUCAACGAGAUUUUCAAAUGUAGUCAACUUGUGUUUGUCGUGGGUAAAAUUCCCUGUGCAUAAACCCAUGGUGCAUGAUGAUGAUAUAAGUACAUCUAUAAAGUAGACGAGGAGGUGAACGAGAGUUCAAUUUCGAACUGCAUAGAGCGCAGCAUCCUCACGCCGACGAGUGUAAUCCUCGCGUACAUGACUGUUCGAAGUAACCGCUACUCCAGGCUAUAGCGAAGUAAAGAAGGCAGGCUCUUCCGUCUA